AUGAUUCCUUAUUAUUUAUAUUUAUAUAAUUUUAGGCCAUCGUACGAUUAAAUAUUUAAAUAUAAAUAAACAAACCCCGCUGGCGCCUCAAUUUGGCGUCAUUUGUAUUAUGAGUUAUAUAGUACAAAAUCGAAACGUAGUGUUAUCACAGGCAAAGACACUGGAUAAUGUAAAUAUAUGGGGAUGUUUAACAAUAGCUGAUAUUGUAGGAUAGAACCGUGUCGUUUCGUCAAAAAUAAUUAUUACAAAGCUAGUACAAAGUUGAGUAAUUAGACCGUUUUUGGUGUGGUUUUUCUGAUCAUAAAUAACUUACAGUAUCAAUCAUUUUAUAACAAUGACUGAGAAAGAAGUUAAAGAUCCCGAUGGAAAAGUUGUAUUUCGAGUUGUUGAGUAUGAAGGAGCCCGCUUUCCAGUAGAAGUCUUUGGCAACGUAUUGAAUAGCCUGAAAGCACUUAACGAAGCAACGUUUAAGGAAAGCGAUGUUUUUGUUGUGUCAUAUCCAAAAUCUGGGACCCACUGGUGCUAUGAAAUUGUGGACAUGCUGAGAAACAAUAGAGCUGAGUUUACUAAACACGUCCCACCUUUGGUUGGCAUGUUGCCAGCAGAAAAACUCAUGCAGGUGCCCGAUGGUGUUCUAGUAGCGCAUCUCCUGCCCCGACACAUGCCCAAAAAUGCUAUUCAAAAGCGCUGUAAACUCGUUCACAUAUACAGGAAUCCCAAAGACGUGAUUGUCUCGUUUUUUAAUUUCAUCAAGAAAACCAAAGAUGGGGCUAUGAUGCAAGACAUGGAAUUCGAUGUGUUUUUCGAAUUAUAUAUCACAGACCAGUUGCCUGGUGGCCUAUGGACAAAGUUUGUGAAGGCUUGGUCAGAUUUCAAAGAUGAGAAUCCUGCAUACCCCAUUUUAAACAUUUGCUACGAGAAGAUGAAGAAAGACCUAAAAGCCCAUGUUAAAAUGAUUGCUGACUUCCUAGAACUUAAGCCCUGUGCAGAAUUGAUAGAGGAAAUAGCAAACAAAUGUGAAUUUCAAACUAUGUCCAAAUUUAAGAACAACAACAUUCCAGAGGGCAUGCGCAUGGUGACAGAUGUGAAAGACAAACAUAUUAUGUACAGAAAAGGUGAAGCUGGCGACUGGAAAAACUGGUUAAACGUAGCUCAGAGUGAGGCUGUAGAUGCUGAGGUCGAGGCCGCGAACAUUCCCUUGGAGAUACAGUUUACAUAAUGAAUCAGAAGAUCAUCAGGCGAAGAAUUGUCUUUCUGAAAAAUUAUCUAAUUAUUCAUCGUCUCCUCUGUUUUACUAGAAAAAUGAAAGAGACAAGAAAGCAACCAAAGCCAUAGCUAUUUAACACAGUUCAUAUCAUUUUUCAGCAUGGUGAUGUUAUAAAUAUUUUAGAAUCUGUAUAAUGUACCAUGUACGUAAAAAAUGAAAACAACACUACGUAUUUUACCAUUAUGAUUGUUUUUAUUACAGAUGGGAUUUACAACACAUUUUUUUUUUAUUAACAUACGAAAUUACAUGUAAAACAAAUUAGAUGAAAUCAAUUUACUAAAGCUAAGCAAUAAAUCAAUAUAGUGACUUACAUUUACUUUACUUUGUGU